AUGGAGACUGAUUUAAAUAUUAUCAAGGAGUUCCUUGAAGCUAACGGCUUCCAAAAGGCAUUCAAGUCACUCACUGAAGAGCUCAAAUCAAACAAGACCACUGACAAGUCUAUCACUUUGGAACAAUUGUUUAAUAAAUCAAAAGAAAAUAACAAUAACAACAAGAGAAAGCAAGAAGAUGAGGAAGACCAAUCAUCAUCAGACAAUGACAGAAAGGUAAAGAGUCAAAAGGUUGAUAGCAGUGAAGAAGAAUCUGAAGAUGAGAAGAAGAAGGAAUCUGAUUCUGAAUCUGAAUCUGAAUCUGAAUCAUCAUCAUCUGACGACUCUGAUUCUGAGUCUUCAUCAGAUGACUCUGACUCUGAAUCGUCGUCAUCAUCAUCAUCCUCUGAAUCUGACUCUGAUUCAUCAGACUCUGAAGAAGAAAAGAAAGAAGAUGCCACCCAAGUUGUUGGCAAGGACAGCGAAGAGUCAUCAGAGGAAGAGAAAAAGGUUGAAGUUGACGUUCAAGUAGAGGAAAAGAAGGAAUCAGAAUCUGACUCUGACUCUUCAUCAGAUGAAUCAUCUUCAUCAUCAUCAUCCUCAUCAGACGACUCAUCAUCGUCAUCUGAAUCAGAAUCCGAUUCAUCAUCAUCUGAAUCUGAAUCUGAAUCUGACUCCUCCUCAUCGUCAUCCGAAUCUGAUUCCGAUUCAUCAUCCUCUGAAUCAGAAUCAGAAUCAAAAUCAAAAUCCGAUUCAUCGUCAUCAGAGAGUGAAGACGAAAAGGAAAAGGUUGAAGAGAAAAAGAAGAGAAACAACAAGAUACUAACAAGAAAAAUAUGUGGGGCACCCAAACAACAAAAUGGAAAUGGAUAUAAUAAUAAUAAUAAUAAUAAUACUAACGGAAAUGGAUAUAAUAAUAAUAAUAACAAAUAUAAUAAUAAUAAUAAUGGAUCAGCAGUUAAAACACCAAAUCAACCAUUUAGAAGAGUGAAAGCUGAAAAUGUAGUUUUGGGAGAUAUGUUCAAGUCACCAGAAAGAGCUUGGACCGAUCCGUAUGGUCUCCGUGUUGACCAAUCCAUGUCCAAGACUGUUGGUAAAGGUUUCCGUAACGAAAAGCAAAAGAAAAAGAGAAGCACUGGUUUUUGUCAAAUCGAUACUUCUGUAAACUGUGAAUUCUUCCCAGACUCUGAUUAA